AUGAUAUAUCUUCAUUCACUAACCAAAUGGGGUCUUCUGGUUUUUGCUGGGGUGGCAUGGAUUUACUUGACUGCAAGGCCUGGUAUUCUCAUAGGUGCCAUCGAUGCAUACCUUCUGGCUCCUUUGCAACUUGGUUUGGACAGUUUGAGUGGAAGGAGGAACCUGAAGAGGAGUGAUUUCCUGGUUGGGGAUAAAUUGGGAGAAGGUUCUUUUGGUGUUGUUUAUUCUGGGGUGGUUGUUCCAAGGAAUGCAACUGUAGACGAGAAGGUGCCGAAGAGGGGGACAGGAAGAGCAUUGCAGUUGAGUACGAGGUUCAAAGAAAAGGUUAUACUAAAGAAGGUGAAGGUUGGAGUCACAGGAGCAGAACAAUUCGGCGAAUAUGAGGAGUGGUUUAAUUACAGGCUGUCAAGAGCAGCUCCCGAAACUUGUGCUAAGUUCCUUGGAAGUUUUGUUGCUGAAUCUGACAGAACAAGUUCACAAUUUACAAAGGGUGGAAAAUGGCUUGUUUGGAAAUUUGAGGGAGAUCAAACCCUUGGCGAUUACAUGAAAGAUCGCAACUUCCCUUUUAACUUGGAGUCCAUCAUGUUUGGAAGGUUCCUGCAAGGAGUUGAUUCUGUUAAACGAAGUGCAUUGAUCAUCAAGCAAGUAAUGCGCCAGAUUAUUACUUCACUUAAGAAAAUCCAUGAUACUGGGAUUGUUCACAGGGACGUAAAGCCAGCCAACUUAGUGGUGACAAAGAAGGGAAAGGUUAAGCUCAUAGAUUUUGGGGCAGCCACUGACCUCCGGAUUGGCAAGAACUACAUACCUGAUCAAAGUCUGCUUGAUCCGGACUAUUGUCCACCUGAAUUAUUUGUGCUGCCAGAGGAGACACCAAGUCCUCCACCUGAGCCAGUUGCUGCCCUUCUUUCUCCAAUUUUAUGGCAGUUAAACAGCCCUGAUCUAUUUGAUUCAUACUCUGCCGGGAUUGUUCUCCUGCAAAUGGCAAUACCAAGCUUAAGGCCUGUAUCAGGCUUAAAGAAUUUCAAUACAGAAAUAAAGAAAGCUAGAUAUGACUUGAAUAUAUGGAGGGAGAGCACUCGAUUGAGGCCAGACGUGACAAUUCUUGAACUUGACUCAGGUAGAGGGUGGGAUCUAGCUACAAAACUGAUUUCAGAAAGAGGUUAUCUUGGAAGGGGACGUUUAUCAGCAGCUGCAGCUCUAAGGCAUCCUUAUUUCUUGUUGGGGGGUGAUCAGGCAGCCACAGUUCUUUCGAAGCUUAGCUUAACAAAAUAGGUUUUCCUUGGGGUCUCCUAAAACCCAGAAACAAUUAUCUCAUGGUUCUGCUGCUUUUCAGACCCUGUGGAUCUGUCUCAAAUCAUUAUAUUGCUGGCAUUGCAUGAUUGAAGACUAAAGAGAAAAUGCUCCUAAAAAAUCCAGGUUACGAGACCAAACUUUCACAUCCUGUUCCCUUUUUAUUCAAUAAUGAGAACGUGGAAGAGGCUCAACGCUGUGAACUGCUUAAUUUCUAUUUUGUGAACAUUGCUGUUUCUGCAGUCUGUGGCCAUGGUAAUUGUUUACUUAUUGUAUGCACAUAGCAUUCUCAAUUUUUUUUUUUUGUGUGUGUGGCCCUUGGGUGCUAUAAGAACAGCCUAAAAGACCAUUGAUAGAUAUCUAGUUAGGAUGGAGUUUUCUUAAGAUAAAAAAAAUAAAAAAAUCUUGUCUCUUUGCACUAGAAUUGCUCAUUCCAGCUUCUGCUAAUCUUCUGGCCUUCUGCAAUGUUGUUUGUCUUCUCUAUGUGUAUCAUUGUAACCAUCAUUAACUAAGUAAUAUCAAUUUAUGUAUGA